CUGUAACCUUUUACGUGAAUGGCGCAGCUAGCGACAAAAGACAAGCGAGCUCUGAAACCCUAUGGGGAAGGAAUAAAAAAAAAGAAAUUCAGUAACCAUACCACCGCUCUCUUGUAACCUAAAGAAGCAUCAUUUUGUGAGGAGGUCGAGGACGCCGACAUUUAACGGCAACGUAGGGCGGAUUUUUGAAUCAGCGCGGAGCCGUUAAAAACCGUUGAAGAAGACUGUGUCAACGGGCAGAUUUUUUCCGUUGGUUCUAGGGGGUAUAUAUAAGCGAGGGAGCCGCCAUGGCAGCCGGAUCACUGAGCCUCCACAUCGGGAUAUGAAGAGGAAACUGUGUCCACGAAACGUCCAAUAAAACAUUAACAUUUGAUCUUAACAUCUUCAUCUUUGUGAAAGUCUGCUACCCAGAAAGAAUUGGGUUGUUUUAACCGGCGUGGGGCCCACAGAGGAGAGGCCAGAUUCAUGACUAUUUUAGUCGGAGACGUGUCUUCAGAAGGCCCGCGGAGAGAGAGAGAGAAAACCUGGAAUAUGCUGCUCUGAUUCACCGCUUUGGUGGGCAAAGAAAGGCUUAGGUUUAUUAGAGGGUUGAAAAGAGAAGAGGAGCUUUUUAACCCUGUCAGUUACAUAUAGUGGGAUUCAUUUCAUCCUUUUUUUUUUUUGGAUGAGAAGGUCCGGCGGAUCGAUCAGCCCUCUGGCCGUUUAGCAAGUCACAGUCGAGAGAGAGGAGAGCAGAAUCUUUAGGGGGGAUCGGAUCGGGAUCAUGUCGGGUCGGCCCAGGACCACAUCCUUCGCGGAGAGCUGCAAACCAGUGCCGCAGCCCUCUGCUUUCGGCAGCAUGAAAGUCAGCAGGGAUAAAGAUGGCAGCAAGGUAACAACAGUGGUGGCCACCCCAGGCCAAGGCCCCGACCGGCCACAGGAGGUGAGCUACACGGACACGAAGGUCAUCGGCAACGGCUCGUUCGGCGUCGUCUACCAGGCUAAACUCUGCGACUCCGGAGAGAUGGUGGCCAUCAAGAAGGUCCUACAAGACAAGCGGUUUAAGAACCGUGAGCUGCAGAUCAUGAGGAAGUUGGACCACUGCAACAUAGUCCGCCUGCGCUACUUCUUCUACUCCAGUGGAGACAAGAAAGAUGAAGUGUAUCUGAAUUUGGUUCUGGAUUACGUUCCUGAGACGGUCUACAGAGUGGCCAGACACUACAGCCGAGCCAAACAGACUCUGCCCAUGGUUUAUGUCAAGUUGUACAUGUACCAGCUGUUCAGGAGCCUGGCCUACAUCCAUUCGUUUGGGAUCUGUCAUCGGGACAUCAAGCCCCAGAAUCUGCUGCUGGAUCCGGAGACGGCCGUGCUCAAGCUCUGCGACUUUGGCAGUGCUAAGCAGCUGGUCCGCGGGGAGCCUAAUGUGUCCUACAUCUGCUCUCGCUACUAUCGAGCCCCUGAGCUCAUCUUUGGUGCCACUGACUACACUUCCAGCAUAGAUGUGUGGUCAGCCGGCUGUGUGCUGGCAGAGCUGUUGCUAGGACAACCGAUCUUCCCUGGUGACAGUGGGGUGGAUCAGUUGGUUGAAAUUAUCAAGGUUCUCGGGACCCCGACCCGAGAGCAGAUUCGCGAGAUGAACCCCAACUACACCGAGUUCAAAUUCCCCCAGAUUAAGGCACAUCCUUGGACUAAGGUGAGUCAACAGGUGUUCCGGCCGCGUACGCCUCCGGAGGCCAUCGCCCUGUGCUCUCGCCUGCUGGAGUACACGCCCACGGCCCGCCUCACCCCCCUAGAGGCCUGCGCACACUCCUUCUUUGACGAGCUACGCGACCCCAACGUCAAACUGCCCAACGGGAGAGAGAAGCCCUCGCUCUUCAAUUUCACCACCCAGGAGUUAUCCAGUAAUCCCUCUUUGGCCUCCAUACUCCUCCCUGCCCACGCCCGCAGCCAGGUCGCCGCUUCCACCCCAACCAACACCUCUGCCACCACAGAUGGCAGCAGCACAGAGCGAGGUCCCAGCACCACCACCGCCUCUGCCUCGGCCUCCAACUCCACCUCCUGAGUCCACAGACGACCCGCCCCGCCCCGGUCUCAGCCCCAGCCCACGGCCUCUCCAUUGCCCCUGGCCAGGGGGUGAGCUCCGCUCAGCUCAGCUCUGCUCUGCUCUGCCCUGCUCUCCUCCCUGACUGCAGCGGAGCGAUGCUGACGCAGUCCGGGUUCAACAGCUAGCCAACAGCCCCCCCCCCCCCGCCCUCCCAUGCCACGACCACAAACCAAGCAUCCCCCUAAUCUGCCUCUUUUAUCCCUGACUGGCCCCUCAUCCAGCUGUUUGAACUCUACUCCAUCCUCCGUCAAAGACGUCUCUCCGUGCCCUUUCAACGGGGGGAAGGAAAGCGCAGGGCCAGAGGUGUUGUCGACUGUACUACCGAUAGAAAGUACACUGUACAUGUAUACACAAUGCUAGCCUGCUAAUGUUUGUAAGAGGACAAUCUGUAGAAAAAGUCCUAAGCUGUUCCCCUCUCCCUAUCCGGCCUCCCCCCUUUUGUCCUCCUCCAUUUUUCUGCAUCCUUUGACCUCUGACCCCAUGUGUCCCCUGGCCGAUCCCCCCCCCCCUUUGGUUCCUCCUGUAGUGCAUGGCCUGAGUAUGGUUAGGAUCACCCGGGGGGUCACCACGCCCUCUCACUUCUCACCUCCACUUCCGCAGACAAGGCAUGAGGCUCACGCACGGGUAUACACACACACACACACACACAUUCAUAAACACACACAUCCUCACACACACACACAUGGGUGCAUGAUGAUCCUGAUGUACGUGGAGAGAAGCAGCCGGCUUGUGGGGGGUAACAUUUGGACAGGUUUUUUGUUUUUUGUUUUUAAAUGGUCAGAAAAAGCUGUUUUACUCGACCUUGUUUUUAAUUUUUUUUUUUUUUUUGUUGUUGUUGUUGUUUUGUACUCCUGGGCAGAUGUUUUUUGGAUUGCGAUGGAUGUGACACGUAUCUGGUCCUGUGUGCUUGUAUAAUAUAUACAUACAAUACAAAACAAACACGCAUACAUACAGUUUAUAUAUUACUUUUCCUUAUGUAUAAAAAGUAUAUAUAGAUAUAUGUAUAUUAACUACAAUGGUUCAGAAAUCAUUUAUGGUGAGCUCAUAUCUGGCAGAGCAGGGGCAAUAUUUGCCGCUGCCUAAAGACAAUAGAUUUUAGAGAUAUGGUGGUGUUUUUUUUGUUUUUCUUUGCUGGAGUGUGGUUAGAUUCCAGCAGUCCCUGUUCUCCUGUGUUGUCUCUUAUUAAGGCUGUAGAUGGAUUUUAGGGCAUUGCUCUAUCCCCCCGUCUUUGUACCGACUCUGUCUGUAACAGUGUUUCUGUGACAGUGCAGUGUCUGUAGACAAACACCCCCCCCCCACACCCUCAAUGUCUAGCUCUUCCUCCUUCUCUCCGUCUCUGUGAAGAAUUCAAGAUGUUUCUUAACACUUUUUCUUUUCCUCGACUCCUUGAGAAGUCUCGGCGGCGGCGGCGGCGGCGGCGGCGGCGGCGGCGGCGGCGGCGAUACCCUCGGCUCACCUCCGACUUGUCUCAUGUGUCGUGACCACUGACUGAAGUGUUAGCCUAGCGUUCUUUCUCCUCCACACCUGCCGCACAUAGAGCCACUCGGUACAGUCUGUCGAAAGCGUCUUAUUUACAGAGAAAUACUCACUACAUUUAAAAAAAAAAAAAAAAAAAAAUGAAAAAAAAAAAAAUGAAAAGAAAAAAGAAAAAGAAAAGAAAAAAGCAGAAUGUGUAUAUACAGUAUAAAUGCUCCUCACCAAAAUUCUGACUUGUAUGUUGUUUUUUUUAUGUUAUGUUGAUUCUUUUUUUUUUUUCCAUGUUGUGUUCAAGGUAUGUAUAUAUGCAGACCCAUGUACUGUUUAUGAGCAAAAACAAAGAUGACAAAGGGUAGGGAAUGAAAACACAUAAAAGAUAAAAAAAAAAAACAAUCAGGGCAGAACUGAUGUUGUUUAUGGAUAUUGUAGAUGAUGAUGAUGAUGAUGAUGAUGAUCAGCUUUAUCCAGCCAUAUGUUCAAUCUUACCUGUACAGUACAGUAGAUGACAGCUGUAUUAUUGUAACAAGAACUAGUCAUGUAUAGUGUAACUAUAGUUUGGAGUGCCUUUGCUUUCAUACACCUUCGCCUUGUUUCCCUCCUCACCCAACACCCCCCCGCCCCUCCGCCAUCACCCGCCCGAUUGUGACUCUCCCUUCGGUGCUGUUGAAUGUCCUGCUAUCCUGCAAAAACACACACAUUCUCCCACUUGAUUUCCACUCCCCUCCACUCUCCCCCCCCACCCCCCCUUUUUUUUCAUCGCACACUUAAUGUAAUAUACAGACAUUGUUAAUUGUAAGGAUUAUUUUUCCUUAACUGAAGAUACAAGUAGAUGAGUGUUUAUUUUAAUAGAUGUUUUAUCUUGGACACACACACACACACACACACACAUGUGCGCACAAACAUGUAUACCACAGUCCUGGCACGGGCCUCCGGGGCAUGAAGUGUGUGUGUGUGUGUGUGUGUGUGUGUGUGUAGGAGGGGGUGGGGGGUGUCGUUGUGGCAGCAAGGGGUUAAAAAAAAAAGGCCUCAUAUACUGUAAAUAUACAAUACAGUACAGUUUCUGUAUUACUCACAGUGUUGGUUCUGUUACCAAAGCCAAACUAAGAUGUAGUUGUAAUGAGCCAUCCUCAGAGGCAGUAAUGUAUUCUGUCUCUCUUCUUCUUCUUCUCUCUGGAUAUUUUGUUGUUUCCUCUGUCCUUCUUGCUUGUUCUCCUUCCUGUCUAGCAUACUAGGAGGGAGGGGGGGGAAUUCAGUAGCACCUAAGGGGUCGAGUCAUGUAGCCUCUCUCCUGUCCUCCUGCUUGCUGUAAUUUUUGCAUUCAUGAACGUGUUGCUACCCUCCACCAGAACGUUUGACCACCACACCCACACCCUACCCCCCUAACUCCAGUUCAAUAACAAACACCACAAAAGGUUACCAAAAAAAAAGAAGACGAGCAAGUAUAUAUGCUAUAUACAGCAUACUAGCAUAUAUACUAGUUUGAUAUGCUAAACUGGGGUUAAAGAAAAGAAAAAAUCAUAGAAAAAUACUACAAAAAACAUCCUGUAUAACAGUACUACUACUUGAAUGCCUCUGUUUGUGACUGAAAUUUUUAUUUCAUUUGUUUUUUUUUUCUUUUUUUGUUCUGUGAAGGUAUGCUAAAUGUGCACCUCUGUAAAUAUUCCCUCUGCGUGCUCUGAGGAAUAGUUCCCUGGUACUGUAAUUUGCAUUAAAUAAAGAGUAGGAUAGCCUGGAAA